AUGGAAGUGCUGCUCGCUCAGUCAGACGUUGACGACGUGGACGAGCAGGAUUUGGAUGGGUGCUCGCCCCAUAUAGCUGCUGCCAAGAUGGGCAACGUCGAGGCCUUCCACGCCUCGUAUUUGCUGGCGCCAACGUACGUGAAGCUGAGCAACAAGCCAGGCGAGACGGCCAUGGGACUGGCGCAGCAGAGCAAGAAGAGAGACCUCUUCGAGCAGUUCAUGCUCGAGUUUGCGCUGCAGAAGGGCAUGCCUGGAGGCUUCUACGCGCUUCACUGUGCCUCCCGGCGGUGUGACACCGCGGCGGCGCCACACCUCGCCAGCAUGAUUUGUCGGAAUAUAUACUAUAGCGCUCUACAACACUUUAAAUAA